AUGGCGCAGGCUAAAUUGAAGAGCUGCCUGAAGCAAAAGGGAGUAUCCUCAAAACCCAAACGGGAUCUUCAGUGGGCUCAGGAGCUUAUGGCUUCUUGGGUGUACCCGGCUCGUGAGGAUGACAUCUUGUGGAUGGAUCCCGAUGAGUUUUUCGACCUUAAGAAAGCCUCUCGUUUAUUUGCCAAGCAAUGGCGUUUGAACGGCUUCACUGUUCUGCUGAAGGACACAUAUGAGCACCCUCGAUCGGACGCUCAACGAGUCCUCAACGCCUUUGUACAGUUGGAAGGCAACGACUGUGGCCGUGGCAUGGAACGACGAGGGUCUAAGCAGCACGGAGAAGAGCGAACUUACCUCAAAAAGCGAGCAAUUCAAGCUGUUCUGCUGCAUCAGAGGCGUUUGUUGGUGCGAGGAGCCGACAUGGAUGAGCUCUGGGAAGAGCUGGGUGAUGUUUCCAACGAUUACACUCGGACGGCCAAGAUAUUUGCCCGUCGCAUUGCAAAGGCGGAUGAAAAUGCUGUGCAUUUUCCAGAUCCGGAGUCUGGAUACUCGGUUUUAGAGGAACUACGGGCGCAGAAUCAAAACGGGCGGCGUCCAAUGAUGCCUCCCAUGCGGAGAGGUUCAGAGAAAGGUGUAAACGUAGCCUGA